CAGGUGAAGCCCUUUGCUGACUUGCCAGACCACUGUCUUCCACCAGUCAAAUGGCUAACAGUGUUAUCAGACAAGCAUCUGAACCAUGUCCUAGAGAAUUUUCUGCUUAGCUGACAUCUUUUCUCCUGCUGCUAUCACAGCAGGCGACUAGCACUCUCCUCCCCGGCGUCCAGCGAGCCGCAGCACCAUCCAGCACUAUGGACCCCGCUAUGCCCCUGCGACUGUGGAAUUUGCCGCUGCUCCUGGUGGGCUCCGUUCUUGGUCUCGCUUCAGUGUCUGCCCAAGGGAAUAAUUUAGAGAUCUGCCUCUUGCCCUUGGACGCAGGACCUUGUCAAACCCCUAUCCCCAAGUUCUACUAUGACAGGGACCAGCAAAAGUGCCGCAGAUUCAACUAUGGAGGCUGCUUGGGCAAUGCCAACAAUUUCCACAAUCGGGAUCGCUGCGAACACACUUGCAGAAGUAUCAAGAAAGUUCCUCCAGUUUGUCGAUUAGAGCUCAAAACAUAUCCAUGCGAUAAGCCCAAUAAACGGUUUUUCUUCAACGUGAAUACCAUGACAUGUGAGCCCCUUAGGCCUGGUCUGUGUAGCAGGACUAUGAAUGUAUUCUCUGAGGAAGCUACAUGUAAGGGCUUGUGUGAACCAAAGAAACAUAUUCCAUCAUUUUGCUCCAGUCCAAAGGAUGAAGGUCUGUGUUCUGCCAAUGUGACACGCUUUUAUUUUAAUUCAAGAAACAAAACAUGUGAGACUUUCACCUAUACUGGCUGUGGUGGGAACGAGAACAACUUUUAUUACCUGGAUGCUUGCCACCGUGCCUGCGUUAAAGGCUGGAAGAAGCCCAAGAGAUGGAAGAUAGGUGAUUUCCUGCCCAGAUUUUGGAAGCAUCUUUCUUAAGCAUUUUCUCAUACUGAAGGAAACAACUCAUUAGUAAUUUGCUCCUCUGAUUUUACCGAUGUUACUUUUUUUUAACCUGUGUGUUUUUAUUCAUACCAAGCUGCCUUCCAAAUGUGAAAUUAUCAUUUUCGAUGUACUGUUACAAUGUCUAAGAGACUGAAUCCUUGUGGUGUAUCCGAUAUGAAUGUGAACAUGACUUGCCCAACUUCUUGGGAUAGCUAUACUAAUUUCAAAAGACAAUCAUUACUAAAAUACCAGAAGACAAUUUAGAUGUGCAAUUUUAACCUACAUGGGCAUCAUUAGGAAUGGCGAAACCACUUCAUUAUGAACUUAAGUGUUUAGAUUGCAUUUUAGGCUCCAGGAGACCAGUAACCAAGUCAUGAACACUUAUUCAAUCAUUCCACUGAGGUAUUACUUAUUCCUUGCCAAGUGUCCUUGAAUACCUUUCUUGCCAUAUUGCAAUAUUAUGAAGAAGAGCUAUUACAAAAAAGAGUUAUAAUUGUUAUUGGAUGAAUUUAAAAUGUUGGUGAUUUAUGAAAAGAAAAACAUUUUUCCUAGAAAAAAAGCAUUAUAUAUUUAAUUCUGUGUCUCUUUAUUUUUCCACAUUUGACAAGUGAAUCUUCUUUGACCAUAUGUGCUACAGUAUUCCCUCAGACAAAAUGUUUGAGAGAAUAGAAAUUUCUGGAUCUUUUGUACUAUGUAAGAUGUAUCCUGACCAAAAUGCAUGUAUGCUUUGACUUGAAUUUCACAAAUAAAUUAUUUUUAAAAGUGGUUAUUA